AUGCCAUAUCUUUCUUUAUAUUUCAUCAAAACACAUAGUCACUCAGAUACAUCUGUUUUAUAUAUAUAUAUAUCCAUUAUAAAGCAUUUUAUUCCAAGUUUAACUAAAAUUUGA